GUUAAUGACACACUUAAAAGUACAUGCAUUGAGAUGGAGGAACAGCUCAAAGACUUUGAAAUUAUUGUGGAGGCAAGAAGAGAAACUAUUGCUGAACUAACAAAAAACAAGGGUAAUUUAGAAAAGGAAAUCAGAAAUUUAAAAGAAUCUCUGAAACAAGCCAAGUCUUCUUUCAGUGAGGAAGAAAAAUCUAGAGAUGAACUUCUAACACAUAUUAAAGAACUGACAUCUGAAAUGGAAAGCCAAAAUGCUUUACAUGAAGCUGAACUUCAGACUUUGCAAGAUCAUCUUCAGCACUACAAGAAGGUUGCUUCUGAGCUAGCAGAAGAAUCAGCUCAGAUUCAAAAAGAAAUGUCUUUGCAAAAUCAGGAUGCUAAAAAGUAUACAGAAAAAAUAUUGGCUUUAGAAACCCAGUUAUAUGAAAUUAAAGAAGAAGCUGCUCGACACAUAACCCAGAUAUCGUCUUUGAAAGCCAGUAACUUAAAACUUACUCAAGCAAUUAAUGAUGCCUUAGAAAAUCAGCAUAAAGCACAGUCAAAUAUUGAAGAUCUGUGUAAUGAACUUGAAAGUGAAAAGGUCAAUCAUGCACACGAAAAAGUGAAGCUUAAAGAAACCAUAUCUCAACAAGCAAAAUUAAUUGACUUUCUCCAAUCAAAGACAGAAAAUAUGGAAAAGAGGAAAAGGCCACAUAUUUCUCGACUAUUUGGGAAAAAAGAUAGCACACCAGCAAAUCCUGGGCAAUACAGAGAUGUCGAGAAACUACUCGAAACAGAAAAAAGCAGGUGUCGCAGACUUCAAGAUCAGUUGAGUCAAGCACGUGCUGAGAAUAUGGCUUUACAGAGAGAAAUUAGCAACCUCAUGAAGACAGCAGCUUCCAAUAGUGAAAUUCCUCUUUCUCCUAUGUCCCGAGCGGUGCAUUCUGCAUUGACUUUUUCUCCAAACUACUCUCCUAAUUCAGUAGAUAGUCCUGUUCUGUUAUCCCAAGAACUGGCCAGUAAGUUUACAAAACCUCCUGGUAUGAAGCAUAAAAUUCCCCACAGAUUUAAUGAAACAACAUGCAUGAGAAGCAUUAAGUGUUGUGCUUGCUUGGAUUCUGUGCAUUUUGGUCGACCUGUAGCAAAAUGUAGAGAGUGUUCAAUUAUGUGUCAUCCCAAAUGUGCUUCUUCAUUACCAAAUACAUGUGGCUUGCCUUCUGGAUUUAUACAACACUUCAGAUCUACGAUUGGCGAUUCUUCAUCUGAAAACACUUUGGAUGAAUCAGAAAAUAAAAUAUCUGAAGGUUGGGUUAAGAUGCCAAAAAGUAAUAAGCAAGGUUGGGAUCGAAGAUAUCUGAAGCUUAUUGGGACUGUACUCUAUAUUUUUGAAAAUUCUGAAGAGAAAGAUUUAAACAGAGCUUUAUCAACUUUAGAUUUUGGAAACAACGAAGAAAAAAUUGUAGUGACUAGUGCUGUGUCUGCUACGGAAUUGACUUAUGCUGCAACUUCUGAUCUUCCAUAUGUGUUGAAGGUUGAAUAUAUUCCACGUACCACCUGUUGGCCAGAAAGGUGCUUGUAUAUUAUGGCUCUAAACUUCAGUGAUAAGCAGAUGUGGGUCUCUGUACUGGAAAAUUUAGCCGAAAGUAGUCAGACUGAAGUUGAUGGUAUCCAAAAAAAUAAACUUGUUGGGAAACCCAUUUGGACCUUGAAAGGAGAUAAGUUGAUUGAACCUAACUGUACAGUCAUUUUUGAUGAAAAUAUAAUUUUGAUGGGUGCAGCAGAAGGUUUGUUUGUCCUAAAAGUCAUUAACAAGUUUACGUGUUCUUUGAGAUAUAGAAUGGAAGGAAUUGAUUGCAUCUAUCAAAUGGCCUGCAAUGAAGAAACUGGAGCUGUAUUAUUAAUUCAUG